AGAUGGAGGCCUCGGCGAAAGAAGAAUCAAUAAUGUCAGCACUAAACUGGAAGCCCUUUAUUUAUGGAGGUUUAGCAUCAAUCACUGCAGAAUGUGGUACUUUCCCCAUUGAUCUGACCAAAACACGUCUGCAGGUUCAAGGUCAAGUUAAUGAUGCCAGAUAUAAAGAGAUUCGCUACCGUGGAAUGGUGCAUGCACUAGUCAGAAUAUGCAGAGAAGAAGGAUUGAAAGCCUUAUACUCUGGGAUUGCACCUGCAAUGCUACGGCAAGCUUCAUAUGGAACUAUAAAAAUAGGCACUUACCAGAGCUUAAAAAGAGUGUUUGUUGAGCAUCCAGAAGAUGAAACCUUGAUGAUAAAUGUUCUGUGUGGCAUUCUUUCGGGAGUAAUCUCAUCAUCUAUUGCCAACCCUACUGAUGUCUUAAAGAUCAGAAUGCAAGCCCAAGGUAGUGUGAUUCAAGGAGGAAUGAUGGGCAACUUCAUACAGAUCUACCAAAAGGAAGGCACUAAAGGAUUAUGGAAGGGGGUAUCAUUGACAGCACAGAGAGCUGCUGUUGUUGUUGGAGUGGAGCUGCCAGUGUAUGACCUUACCAAGAAGCACAUAAUUAUGUCUGGAUUUAUGGGAGAUACAGUAUAUACUCACUUCCUCUCAAGUUUUACUUGUGGAUUAGCUGGAGCCCUUGCCUCCAACCCAAUUGAUGUUGUGAGAACACGCAUGAUGAAUCAGAGAAGCCAACAACAUGGAGGAUAUUCAAACUACAAGGGUACUUUAGAUUGCUUGUUACAAACAUGGAAGAAUGAAGGCUUUUUUGCUCUAUAUAAAGGGUUUUGGCCAAACUGGUUAAGACUUGGUCCUUGGAAUAUCAUUUUCUUUCUGACAUAUGAACAACUGAAGAAAUUGGACUCCUGACAUGCUUGAACCAUAUACUGAAUUCUGUUCAUGUACUGUCUGAGUUUAGAGCAACUUGUAAGUUACCCUGAGUAUUUGCUCUUUAAGAUGCUGGCCAGAGGAGGAGGCCAUUACAAGACUGUUGUGAAUGAGAACAACCUGGAAGUGAUUUCAAGGCAGUCUGGCUCCUGUAGCAAUGCCUUGCUCAUGAGAUUCAGUGGAUGAUGUGCACUAUUUUCUAGAUUGAACCAAACAUGGUGAAAUACCUUCUGUCAACUGUUUAAAUGUUCUUGAAUGUGAAGAUGUGCAAUGCAACUUGAUGUUGUUGACUCAGAUGCAGUGUUUUAAUAAGAGGCAAAGAACAAUCUUUCUGAUAAGAAAGAUCAGUAGUACCAAGGAGCUGUGUUUUUUCCUGUUUUCAGAAGCAUAUACUAUUUGACUGUAAUAGUUUAUAGCUUCUAAUUAAGUGGAAGUGUCACAAGAUGCCUUUGCAGGCUUUUAGUUCAGUAAAAUACCUGCUGCAAUACAAAAUCUGCUUCUGGUUUUAGAGCUUUCCUGUGUUCCAAGUCCUUAAAUGUCUGCAUAAUUUGCUGGGAAUUAUCCAGCUUCAUUUGAAAGUGUUGUUGCUACAGUUGUCAGUUUUUCGUAGCUUGAGGGAAGUUUUUUCCAAUGUAUCAUUCUUGGUUUUCAGCGUGAUACUUCAACAUAUUCAGAUGUAAAUUGCAAGUAGGAAUGAAGUUCAAACAAGUCCAUGAUCAUCUGCCUAUCUUGCAGAGAAACUGUUUGUGCUUCUUCCGUUGUUGGGAAGAACUACUUGUAAAGGUUACCGGAUGCUAUGUGUCAUUUGAAAGGUUUGAGUUUUACACUGAACAGUUCAGCCUGUGUCACAGAUGUGCCUUUUCACAGAAAAGAACCAAACCCCUCCAAAUGUAGGUCUAUGGUAAAGACUACCUCUUUAAAAAGACACUCAAACCCAGAACACUUCUGUAUAGCAAACGGGCCCAGGUUGCUGUUACAUGCAAGUAAAUACUUUAUAUGGAUCCACCAUAGCUUCCUUACACAUUUAAACCAAAAGGUAAUACUUUAUCAAAAACUUCAGGGCCAUUAACUAAAAAGUUAUGUUGAAGUUCUUACAAAUAUUGCUGUUGAAUUCUGGGAAAGGAAACAUGUGAGAUGCAGGUCAUAAGAUGGUCCUUCUGUGUUCACAGAGGGUAGCAAAGCAGGGUGCAUAGCUUUGUAUUUUUGUGGCAUUGUAUUAAUCUCGUAAACAUUUUUGGUUAAUCAUACAUUCCACUUAAAGAAAUUUCAUUGCAAUUUCAAAAUAACUCUAAUCACUUAAAAUUACUGAUUUUUGAAUUCACAAAUGGAUUUAUAAAUGCACCAGGCACUUUCUUUACUAAGGCACAAUGUUUUUCUAUGUAUAUGGGUAUGCUUAUGUGCAGUGUUUUUUCCUUACAGCUGUUUCUGUGCUUUAAUAGAAGUAUUUGUAAAUAUUUUUGUACACUAUGUAAACUAAGUGUAU